GGCCUGAAUCAUUAAUUUUUUCAGACCGUAAUUGAAUGAAUACCGGGACCGCCAACAACACUCACUCACUACUCCCCUCUCCUCCCCUCCCGACUCGACGAGGAUCCUCCCGUCCCCACGUCGGCUGGCGAUUUUGACUCGCCCGCCGCCGCCUGCGCCGAUCUCCCUCCGACGACUGGCGGCGGCAUCUUCUUCCGCCGCUGCAUUGAGCACCCACGCGCAGAAGUUCUCUUCACCUGUGGGAUGAUGUAGCAACAUUUUAUCUCAACUGAUCCUCCAUACAGUAAUCUCCAAGAUGGAACAGAUUUCACUUGAGCAUCGGUACAAGGAGUGCAGGCCACGAAGAAAUAACAGCUGUCCAACCAAAACACUUGUCGGGAAGGAUCAGUUGAAGGAAUUGGAGCACAGGAGACCAUCACCUAGUGUGAUUGCAAAACUGAUGGGACUUGAUGUGUUGCCACCUGCUUAUGUAGCCCACAAUCAGCACCAGGAAUUCAAGGAUGUAUUCGAAGUGUCAGAGGAACCACAAGAGGCCGUCACGAAAGAGAGAUCACAUAAUUUCCCUAAAGGGUUGCCAAGCUUGAAGCGAAGUGCAUUAAAGCUAAGAAAGCUUAUGCCAUCAAAGUCUCCCUACGGCGAUGAAACAUUUGAUAACAAUGUAGUGAACCAAGAUGGUUUUGAUCGCUUGAACUCGCUAGAGAUAAAUAAUCCUUUGUUUGAGAAGCACCCCUAUGAUGUGAAUUGUUCCCCAAAUUAUCGAUAUGAGAAAGAUAGUACUUCAAGUACUUUCAGGAAGUACCCUGUUGGUUUAGGUAACUCUUCACUUAAAGAAAUUGUUGUUCUGGAGCUAGGCUUAGGGGAAGUCCAACAUUCAGGUAAUGCCUUUUCUACACCAGAACCCUCUGAUGUCAAUAAGAAUUUCAGGAGAAAGAUGAAGCAGGCUGAGUUUUCUACUACGAACAGGGGUUCGCAAAAUCUUUUAGGCACUAAAGAUAUUAAUGUGCCUAGAAUAAAAGGAGAAAGACACUUGACUAGCAAUGCUGUAGAUUCACUGUUAAAGCGACAAGAUUCAUCACUUGAUCAAUAUAACACAGUGGAUACGGAUAACACUGGAUCAUCUCAGAAGUGUGUUAGCAGUGAAGUUAACUCCAGAAAAAGCAACAGGUCAUCAUCAAAUAGCUCACCCUGGAAAAUCCGCCGCAAGUAUGAGGAAGGUGCCAUUGGUUCAAAAACUCUUGCAGAGAUGUUUGCUUUAUCUGAUUCAGAGAGGUUGAAGAGGGAUUCAGACUCACAUGUGCAGAUUCAAGACAAUAAACUUAACCGGGGCAACAACAAUGACAAGGAAGGAUGCUUUAUAGUGUUGCCAAAGCAUGCACCUCGAUUGCCUCCUCACAGUUUGUUGGACAAGAAUUCUUCCUGUGAAAGGUCCCCUCACGAUAUUUUUUUCUCAAAUACAUCAAUUAGUCACAACAGUGGUCAGUUUCACUUCGAUUCUUUCUGGGAUAAACCAACACGGCAGCAAAUUUCAAGUCCCACCCAAGAUGACUUGAGGAAUGCUUCUUGUGCAAGAUAUCACACCUUGGAGCAACAUAGAUCUUCUUUCCCUUCUUAUGAUAAUACCAGAAACAACUCAUGGCAUUUAACUGAUGACUUUUCAACUUUUGCCUGCAUAAAUGAGAAAGUACUUUUCACAACAGAUGAAGACUUGUUGAGAAAACCUACUGAAACAGUGCAUUCUUCGUUUGGAUCACGAUUAUCUGGGGAACAAAAGGUUUCAGCAUCGCCUUUCCAUUGCGGUGUAUAUGAAGCCAUAACUAUUUCUGAUCAUACUUGUGCGGCAAAGUCUCGUAGAAGCUUGAAAGAGGUUGACCGACCAAGCCCAGUGUCUAUUCUUGAGCCUCCAACUGAUGAAGACAGUUGUUGUUCUGGAUACUUAAAAAAUGACUCGCAAGUCAUGCCUAGCAUCGAUAAACAAAUAUAUGGCUGUGAGCUCCGAUAUGAGCAAGAAGUAUCCUUGUCCAGCGACAAUGACAAUGAUUCUUCUGACCAGUCUCUUGAAGCAUUUGAAGUUGAGGAGGAAAAGGAAUUCUCUUAUCUACUUGACAUACUUAUAAGCUCCGGUGUGAUAGUCGCGGACUCACAGCUCUUGUUCAAGUCAUGGCAAUCUUCUGGUUACCUUGUUGGUCCUCAUGUCUUCGACAAGCUUGAGGGGAAGUACAGCAAGGUUGCUACAUGGCCAAGACCACAAAGGAGGCUUCUGUUUGAUCUUGCGAAUUCUGUUCUUUCUGAGAUCCUCGCACCAUGCAUCGACACGCAUCCGUGGGCAAAGUUGAGUAGAAAUUGCUGCCCUGUUUGGGGCCCUGAAGGACCUGUUGAGGUUGUAUGGCAAACAAUGGUCAGGCAGCAGGAAGAGCUUGCUGUAGCACAUCCUGAUGACAAGAUUCUUGAUCCAGAAUGGCUGGAAUUCGGUGAGGGCAUCAACAUGGUGGGAUGGCAUAUAGCCAGGAUGUUACAUGGUGAUCUCUUGGAUGAUGUCAUACUGGAAUUCCUCUCAGGAUUUGUUGCUUCAUGAGGAAAAUUAAUCAAAUUAGUUUGUACUUCGUGUUAUUCAUCAAUACUAGUAACAGUAGUCGAGUGCAAUGACGAGCCAGGAUUUUGCCUGAAGAAACUUGAACCACAUUGGGUGGUGUCUGUAACAGCGUUUCAAGUGCACAUAUGUUGCCUUUUUUCUGGUCCAUGAUAGAGGCUCAGUAUAACAUUUCAUAACUCUUUGAAGGCCGAAGAUGUAUGCACAACACCAUAACAUGUGUAGAAAUGUGAUUCUCUAGGAUACCUUUGCUUGUUA